AUGCUGAAGGCCAAGAUCCUUUUCGUGGGGCCCUGCGAGAGUGGAAAAACCGUUUUGGCCAACUUUCUGACAGAAUCUUCUGACAUCACGGAAUACAACCCAACUCAAGGAGUGAGGAUCCUGGAGUUUGAGAAUCCACACGUCACCAGCAACAACAAAGGCACAGCGUGUGAAUUUGAGCUAUGGGAUUGUGGCGGCGAUCCAAAGUUCGAGUCCUGCUGGCCAGCCCUGAUGAAAGACUCUCACGGCGUGGUGAUCAUCUUCAACGCUGACAUCCCUAGCCACCUGAAGGAAAUCGAGAUGUGGUAUUCCUGUUUUGUUCAGCAGCAGUUCUUACAGGACACUCAGUGUCUGUUAAUUGCACAUCACAAACCAGGUUCUGGAAGUGAUAAAGGAAGCCUGUCUUUAUCACCACCCUUGAACAAGCUGAAGCUGGUGCACUCGAAUCUAGAGGAUGACCCUGAAGAGAUCCGGAUGGAAUUCAUAAAGUAUUUAAAAAGCAUAAUCAACUCAGUGUCUGAGAGCAGAGACCGGGAGGAGAUGUCAAUUAUUACCUAA